UAGAGGCUUGAGGUAGUCAUAUGUUAUAGAUAUUUUUUGACGCAAAGUUCGUCUAAAAUACUCUGCUACGCGUCGUAUUUUCAACUCUCUUCUCGAUUUUUGGAAAUUGCAGUGGAAAUACAGUUGGCAUAUCACAUAGGAUUCCCGGAUUAUAGGGCAGUGAACGGUUUCAUGUAUCUACGAUUCUAAUGCCUCAUUCUCAAGAAAAGAGCAAAGUAGCUUUAAUCUAUAUUUGUUUUAAUUCUAGGUAGGCUCUCCAGAUAAAGGUUUAUUUUCAGAGUUCUUGCUCUCCAACUUUAGUUGACUGAUAUGUGUUUUUGUUUAUACCGCUGACCGUUUCCUGAUUUCAGGAGGCUGGCUUCUUGUUUCCAACAUGGUGAUUGACAGUUCAAUUCCACCCUUCCAGUUCUCAGUUGAGUCAUCAUUCCGUGCAAUCGACAGUUGUCACACCAAAAAAAUGUUUCUCGAGAAAAGCGCCAUGGCUGAUCUGAGAUCACACUUGUCUUUCACUCAGCUGAGAUUCUACUGCAGUAAACAACACGGACGUACGUUCCACGUGACCACGGUCGCCAACAGCACUGGUGAAGCUGUACUCCAGUACUUCAGCGGUCAGACGGAUGUCCAGCCUGAUGCCUGUGGCUCGUUUGUUAGAAUGGAGAAUGACAACUCGCUGUUAACAAGACUUUGCCAUAGAUGGGGAAAAGAAGGCGCUAAUUUCCAAGUUGGUAAAUGGGGGUACGGCCGAAAUAAAGACAGAUUAUUCAAUCACCCUGCAUUUGUGCAGUAUGAUUAUCAUGGGAUAAUGAGACAAACUGGUUCCGGGAGAUUCGAGUGUGACGACAUUGGUGUUGAAGGACAAGUCGGAGAUGCCUGGAGAGUGUUUGUUCGCCUGAUAUGUGUUUUUGUUUAUACCGCUGACCGUUUCCUGAUUUCAGGAGGCUGGCUUCUUGUUUCCAACAUGGUGAUUGACAGUUCAAUUCCACCCUUCCAGUUCUCAGUUGAGUCAUCAUUCCGUGCAAUCGACAGUUGUCACACCAAAAAAAUGUUUCUCGAGAAAAGCGCCAUGGCUGAUCUGAGAUCACACUUGUCUUUCACUCAGCUGAGAUUCUACUGCAGUAAACAACACGGACGUACGUUCCACGUGACCACGGUCGCCAACAGCACUGGUGAAGCUGUACUCCAGUACUUCAGCGGUCAGACGGAUGUCCAGCCUGAUGCCUGUGGCUCGUUUGUUAGAAUGGAGAAUGACAACUCGCUGUUAACAAGACUUUGCCAUAGAUGGGGAAAAGAAGGCGCUAAUUUCCAAGUUGGUAAAUGGGGGUACGGCCGAAAUAAAGACAGAUUAUUCAAUCACCCUGCAUUUGUGCAGUAUGAUUAUCAUGGGAUAAUGAGACAAACUGGUUCCGGGAGAUUCGAGUGUGACGACAUUGGUGUUGAAGGACAAGUCGGAGAUGCCUGGAGAGUGUUUGUUCGCUAAGAACUUGGUGCAUGCACCUGUUUAAGAUUACCUUAUAUAAUGCACUACUACACGUAACUAAAUGGGUUUCUCGAAAUGCUUUGCACACUGUACUUACGAUAUUGAGAAUCUGUUUAUAGAUAGCUAAAUUGUAAUCAUGGGCACUACAUUUCGUUUGUGUACAAGAGUUUAAUUUCCAGAAUUGAACGCAAACGAGAUGCUCGUUCGGUCACUUUUGAUAAACACGCAAACCCGUCCAGUGUUAUCACAGCUAUACAAGCUACUGGCUCUGAAAUAAAGUUAAUCAGCUGAGAUUCUACUGCAGUAAAAAACACGGACGUACAUUCCACGUAACCAUGGUCGCUAGCAGCACUGGUGAAGCUGUAGUCCAGUACUUCAGCGGUGAGACGGAUGUCCAGCCCGACGCCUAUGGCUCGUUUGUUAGAAUGGAGAAUGACAAUUCAAUGUCAACAGGAGUUUGCCAUAGAUUGGGAAAAGAAGGUGGUAUUUAUACAAGUUGGUAAAUGGGGGCACGGCGAAAAUGAAGACAGAUUAUUCAAUCACCCUGCAUUUCAAAGUAUGAUUAUCAUUGGAUGAUGAAACCAAUGGCGCCAGAUUGGAUUGUGACGACAAUAAAAUUGAGGGAAAUAUUGGAAACGCCUGGAAAGUCUUUGUUCGCUAAGAACUUGGCGCAUGCACCUUUUUAAUGAUUAGAUUAAAUCAUAAUCAUGGGCACUAUAUUUCGUUUGUGUAUAAGAGUUUAAUUUCCAGAAUUAAACGCAAAUGAGAUGCACGUUCUUUCAUGUUUGAUAAACACCCAAACCUGUCUAGUGUUACCACAGCUAUAAAAGCUACUGGCUCUGAAAUAAAGUUAAUCAUUAGUUUAAAGUGCAUUCAUUCACCCCUGGACACAACUGAACAGAGGACCUAAAAAUGAUAACCUUCAGUAGAUGAUAUGUCUGAUACAUGGUAGCUAAAUCUAAAAGGAUGCAGUGAAGUGGGUCCGUAUAGGACCAUACACACUAAGACUCCAUAUACGAAGGGGCUCAAAGAGUAGUUGCUUUGAUUUACUUCCGUCGAGUCCACCAGCAGCAGCUCUCCCUGUUCAUCCGGCUCUGGGUCAUUUUGGGCGGUAAAACAACAAGCUGAGCACAAUUUCAGGUUGGUGUCCAUGUGGACGGUAGCGAUAGCAAAAUCAAUUCGAGGAAAUUUUAAAGCAGGAACUAGUUGAGUUGGAGUUUAACGAGCAAAAUUAACCCAUUUUCAUACCAACUAAGGACUGAACGUAAAAAGGGUUACGUUUAUUUGAUGGUACGAAACAAACAGCUACAAAAGAUCGCGCGUGAAUUAAUUGCUUGUAUUUUUACUCUACUAAGUUAGUCAGAGGGCCAAUAACCAGAAUCUGCCAAUCAAAUUUCACUUUUACCAGUUAAAUGUCUUCCAGUUAU